CAUUCUCUUCACCAAACUGCAGAUAUUGAUAAAUCAUCAAUCCAUCUCUGUAUCUGAAUUUCUAAUUUUUUUCUUAGGAGGAAGCAGCAGGUAGUAAUGGCUCAAAUUCAUAAGGUUGAAGCUCAAUUUGUAGCGAAGUCUCAUGCUGAUAAGUUAUACAAUAUGGUCACUCGUGGUGCACCUACUCUUCCAAAAUAUAUUCCUCAAUUAAUUCACAAGUGUCAAGUUCUCCCCGAAGAAGGGGAAAUUCGUCUGGGUAGUAUUUAUGUUUGGGACUACGCAGUAGGCGCCACAGAGGGCAUAUUAUCUACCGUCAAGACGAAAAACAAGAUAACAGCGGUGGAUCACAAAAAUAUGUCAAUAACUCAAACAAUGUUUGAAGGAUACCAUACAGUUGAUUACCCAAGUUUUGAUAUCAUUAUUGAUGUUACUCCAAUCCACGGAGGAGGGACUAAUAAAAGCAUGGUGAAAUGGUCAUUCAAAUAUGAGAAAGAAAAUGAACAUGUUCCUGCGCCAACUUCCUUCAUCAAGUUUUUUGAAGCAUUUUUCAAAGAGUUGGAUGCUAAGUUGCUGGAGGAGGAAUCUCAGAAAGAAAUUGAUCGAGAUCAGGACUAGCUUUACAAAAUAUUGAAUCAUAUAUGUAUGUCCCCAUGAUCAAGCAAUAACGCAAUGCUAUAUAUUUGUAGAAUGUAACCGUAUGUACGUGUUUGUAUUUGUAUUUGAUGUCCAAAUAUAUAAGACAUUUAAAUAAAGUUGUAACAAUAUAGUUAAGUAAAUUUUAUUCUCAAGUAGUUUGUUUGGUGACCAGAAGCCAAAGCACAA